UUUGGAUCGACUUCUCGCACUAGAUCUUACGGUUAUGGCGGAAGGAGCAAGCGGCAAGAAGCUCUUUAGAACCGACCGAAUCCACAUCUGGCUCAGCAUCAUCACUUACUUUUUACUUUAAAGCUUUAUAUCCAUAUAUGUAUUUACAAAAUGUCUGUGCUCUGUUAUAAUAAGGGAUGUGCCCAACGUUUUGACCCUGAAAAGAAUGAAGACGAUGCAUGUACUUAUCACCCAGGUGUGCCAGUUUUCCACGAUGCCCUGAAGGGUUGGUCGUGCUGUAAGAGACGCACAACUGACUUUUCUGAUUUCCUUAGUAUUGCUGGAUGUACAAAAGGACCCCAUAACCAGGAGAAACCCCCUGAACCCAUCAAACCUGAGGUCAGGACAUCCGGAGAAAAGAAGGAUGUUGAUGACUUUAAACCAAAGUUUAAUGAGUCUAUCAUCCAGGCACCAAAACCUGUUGAAGCAAUUCAACGACCAAGUGGAGAUGAACCAAUAUCAAGAUUACCACAGAAGGUCUCUGCUUCACUUAAGCAAGCUUUAGAAAAGCUCAAGUUAUCAGAUAAUGCACCAGAGAAAAAAGAGGAAGAAGGGGAUGAAAUUAAGAUUGGAACAUCUUGUAAAAAUGGAGGCUGCACUAAGACCUUCAAUGGAGCAGAGAGCAAUGAAGAAGUUUGCAUGUAUCAUGCUGGAGUCCCAAUCUUCCAUGAGGGGAUGAAAUACUGGAGCUGCUGCAAGAGGAAAACAUCUGACUUUAAUACUUUUCUAUCUCAGGAGGGCUGCACCAAAGGAGAACACCUAUGGCGGAAAAAAGACAUGGGUAAGAAGGUUGUGCCAUGCAGGUUUGAUUGGCACCAAACAGGAAGCCAGGUCACCAUAACAGUCUAUGCCAAAAACGCCGUCCCUGAGCUUAGCUACGUGGACGCCAAUAGUACCCAGUUGGAUAUCCACAUCACAUUUGAUGGAGAUAAGGAAUUUGAACAGAAGAUAAUUUUAUGGGGUGUUAUCGACACAAACAAAAGCACACUGAACAUGAUGGCUGCGAAGAUUGAGAUUGUUUUGAAGAAAGCUGAGCCGAUGUUGUGGGCACGACUGGACCUUCCACCAGUAGUCAGUCCACCCAAAGAAGAGGAGAAGAAAAGAGAGCAUGAUAGUGAUAGUGAUAGUGAUGAUGAUGAUUAGAUGAAUAUACAUUACUGUGAGAGAUUUCUGAUCAUUUCCUAUGAAAUUACUGAACAAAGAAUGAAAUAUCAUGAUGCAUGAAAGACAUUCUAUGAAGACCAGUAUUUCCUGUGUUCACAAUUCAUUGCACAUGGCAGUGUAAAAUGCAGUUAUGCUUUUCUUUAAAUUAGAUCCAGAGUUUCUAUUCUAAUAGUAUUACACUAUGAACGGUUAUGAGGUGUCAUUUUCCACAGUAGACUGCUUGAAGCAGGGUCAUUUAGUUUAAUAUUACAAUGAAGGACAUUACUAUUGUCAUAAUUGUAAAAUAUCAAGUUGACACCAGAUUACAAUGGAAAUAGCCAUGGUUUUAGCAGCGCACUGCAAGUCUCCUAAUUCCUUCACAUUCCCAUAGAUUAACUUUCCAUGUCUUUAAAACAUCACGCCUUUAACUUGAAUGUUAUGUUUAGUAAACUAUGGACCAAACCUAA